AUGACUUGCGUUCUAAUCUCGGAGGGUGGCGGCAGCGUUGGCACUGAAACCUUCGGGCCAAGAGUUGGACUUUCUGGAAGUGACCGUUGGAAACCAAAGCAGACCAAGGACUACGGAGUACCAACUAAUCCAAAGAACACCGAUCGGCCUUUGCCGGAAGACACUAACCGCGUCAGCAUGAAGACAUUCACUUGUGUUCUCAAACGCCGAGUCAGAGAUAGCCAACGGGAGGCACUGGCCCCCUGA